AUGUUAUUCCUCAGAUUUAUCAGUAACGUUUUAUAUUCUAUUUAUUUUCAAUUUAUAUCCCUCCUUUUUAAUUAUUUUGCCGCUUUACUUUUCUACACCUCAUCUAUCCUCUUUUUUAUCUUCCUAUCUCUUAUUGCUCUCUUCUCAUUACUAUGUUCGCCUCUCUUAAACACAUCCACUUCGUUAAAGGCCUUUGGCCUCGAUUACGCUAGCCUUCAGGCUCCAACUAGUUGUCCCGGCCUCCUCCUCCGACUGGCUUUGGCUUGCUGUCGUCUCGACCACUUGGCUCGGCCGUCUGCCAAUGAAGUGAUCGCCAGUCUUGCUGGCAGCCAGUUGACUGCCCGACGGAAUUGUGCAGUCCAACGGAAUUGCCGGCGUCUAAUUCCCGGAUCUUCGGCAUGCCUCACAUCAUCGUCUUGUCCUGCACCUUUUGAAUCUACUACAAUCAGUCUGAUGACUUCCACCAGCACGGCUAUAACAACAACAUCUACCUUGUCGCCUAAUAGGAAUCCUGGCUCUAAUUCCAAUGCAACUGCACUUUAUUCUUAUAAGUCUACUCCUAUCUUCCAUCAUUCACAUAUAAGCCAUCGUCAUCCGAUUAAGCAUUGCCAACACCAACAGCGUAGACAUUCGACCGGAUUUCAGCCUUGUCUUCACUAG